ACGAACAAGCACCUCCGCGAAAGAUGGGUUAUGUUUUGUUUAUCUAUAGAGGGGCAGCUUCACCAUGGCCGGAGAAGUACGACAGCCCAUUAACGUGGAAUCUUUGAACGCAUAUCUGAGCAACCAUGUACCGGAAAUAGCUAUACCCGUUAAAAUCAAACAGUUUGGAUUCGGCCAGUCGAAUCCAACCUACCAGCUCACGGACCGUACUGGAAUGAGAUACGUGCUACGGAAAAAGCCUCCCGGGAAACUUCUCUCAAGAACCGCACAUCGGGUGGACCGCGAGUACAGAAUCAUAGAUGCACUCCAGGGAACAGACGUGCCUGUCCCGCGGGCGUACUGUCUUUGCGAAGAUGACAGUGUUAUUGGAACACCUUUCUACGUUAUGAGUUUUCUGGAUGGUCGAAUCUUUGAAGACCCGACGUUUCCUGGGGUCUCGCCUGCCGAGAGAUACGAAAUGUGGCAUGAUGCCAUACGCACGCUCGCAAAACUACAUCGUAUCGACCCCGCCUCCAUAGGCCUGGAGAGCUACGGGAAAGCGUCAGGGUUUUAUAAUCGGCAACUGCAGACUUUCAACACAAUAUCCAAUUCCCAGGCUCAAACUGAGGAUAUUGACACCAAAAAACCUGUCGGCAAGAUUCCGCAUUUUGAUGAUAUGCAAGCAUUCUUUCGAGAUCCGAAAAUGCAGCCUAGAGAUCGCGGGACGCUGAUACAUGGAGACUACAAAAUUGAUAAUUUGGUAUAUCAUAAAACAAAACCAAUAGUAAUUGGUAUUCUGGACUGGGAGAUGUCAACGAUAGGACAUCCGCUUUCAGAUCUUGCCAAUCUUUCAACUCCGUACGUCCUGGCAAACGUACCAGAAGGCAGCGGUAUUCGGGAUCACCCUGAAUUUCGUCCUGGGGUCACUCCGGGAAUUCCAUAUCGAGGCCAAUGUAUUCAGUGGUAUCGGGAAGUGGCUGGAUGGGAUCCAUCUAUAGAGAUGCCAUGGGGAGAUGCCUUUGGCAUUUUCAGAGGGUCAAUUAUCAUGCAAGGAAUUGCUGCAAGGUCUGCACGAAGGCAGGCCAGUAGCGCCAAAGCGCACGAAUACAUUGUGCAGAUGGCACCGUUUGGAGAAUUUGCCUGGAGUUUGAUCGAACGUGUCCGCGAAGGAUUCCAAUCAAAGGCAAAUCUAUGAAAAGAAUCAUGAAUGAUCAUAUUACUCGAGCGCUCUGUUAUAUGACUCGUGAAUGUGCUAUCUAUAAAGAGAGCCAAGGAAAAAUAGACAAAUGAAAAUGUCAUC